AGUCAGACUUGAACAUCCUGCGAUUCGAAGGAACCGUUUAGCGAGUUUUAUCAAACGAUGUCGCACAGCACAUACAAUAAACUCUGGUCUGAAGCUCACGAGGAGCUCAGCUGUUUGUUGGACCAAGAACUCCCAGACGAACCUCUCCGCCCUGAGAGAGACAGAGUGGUGUUCUUCCAAAGGAUUGCCACCUUGUACGUCCGCUAUGCUCAGAUCUUCAGGCAGCUGGACGAGGCCUAUGACCAAAGUGUUCACCCCCAAAAGAGGCGUGCGAUUAGGCAGGUGCUGGAGGGUGUGAUGGGUCGUGUUCUGGAGCUCAAGAACGAAAUGGUGGAAAAGGAAUUUUCAGAGUACCACUACAUGGAUGACAUCAUUCAAGACCUGAAAUUAACCCCUGAGGACCUUGAGAUUCCAAUUCCCAGGUAUUUCAUUCACGAGCGAAACAAAGUGCUGCAGGACAGAGAAAGAUUGUUUGCUGCUACAUUAAACCAAAUGGAUGUUACAGAAAAGACAGUACCUAAUGUAAUGCAUAUGUUGACUCUGGAGAGGGCCAUUAAAGUCAUCCAAGUGGCUGAAAGAGCACGGCAAGGCCGACUGAGGGCAAAAUUCAUGAGGGAGAUCCAUAAAGACUCUGAGAGACAGAAGAAAGCUGACGAACAAGAGUCAGUAAGCACUGACCAGGCUGCAGUUUGUAUCCAGAAGGUGUGGAGAGGCUUCAUGCAAAGGAAAAUGACAAAAAGGCUGCGUGAAGAGGAAAUGAUAUUUCUUGGAAUGGCCAUGGAUCCAAAACUGUCCUAUCCAUCCCAAAACGAGCUGGCUGCCCAGAACAACAAGGCCAACAGGCACACCAGGCAAGAAGAACAUGAGGAUGACUAUCAGAAGUCCAUCGAAUCUGUUAUUUAUCAGCUCAGGGACGUGGAAGGCCCAGAAAUGAAGGAGACCAUGAAAGAUCAGAUCAGACAGUGGUUCAUAGAGUGCCGUGAUGCAACAGGCUCAUUUCCUGACUACCCAGAGGAGGAGGAUGGAGGUUCAGCUCUUAUAUUCGCAGAAAAAACACCUGAGGAGCUGGCUGAAGAACUGGCAGCAAAGGAGGAGGAUGAUGCCAACAAAAAGCCAAAGGGCAAGGAGGAGAUAAAAGAAAAAGGAAAGAAAGGGAAUGUCGAAGACGAGGAGGAAGAGCCUGGACUGAAGAUGCUACCAUCUGCCUAUCUGGCAGAUCUUGAGAGGGAAUGCAAGACAUUUUCUGAGGUUUGGAAAAACAGAAACGAGUCCAAGAACUUUAGUCAAAGGCACGAGCUGGAGCUGAUCAAACAAGAGAAGAGAAAAGAGAUUGAAGUGGAAAUAAGAAAACAGGUGGAUGAACUGAUGAGACAGGAGCUGGCUAAUUGGAAGCUGGCUGUGGAUAAAGAAAAAAGCGGAAAGGGCAAGGGUGCUGCAAAAAAAAAGAAGGCAUCAAAAGGCGGAAAGAAGAAGAAGAAGGACAAAGACCUUACAGCCGAUAGGACCACCGAGUCACUGUUUGAAGAGCUGGUUGAACAAGAAUUGCUGAAAAAGGCAGAAAAUGUUAAACUAAAAGAUUAUCUUGGUGACUAUAGCUACCUUGGCACAACUCUAAGACAGUCUGAUAUUGAGCCUAUGCCGUCAUUAUCUGAUGUUCGGCAAGUUAUAGCCCUUUAUGCUGUUUUACCAUUAGGUUCCCAAGCAGUUCAUGAGAAGGCUCCCCUGGUAAAGAGCAUCUUGCUAGUAGGGCCAUCAGGGGUUGGUAAGAAAAUGUUGGUCCAUGCAAUUUGCCAGGAGACAGGGGCCAAUCUGUUCGACCUUUCACCUUUAAACGUUGCCGGAAAAUAUCCUGGCAAGAGUGGAUUGCAGAUGAUGCUGCAUCUGGUGUUUAAGGUUGCCAGACUGAUGCAGCCCUCUGUAAUAUGGAUUGGAGAUGCUGAAAAGAUGUUUUACAAAAAAGUACCAAAGGAUGAGAAGGAGUUAGAUCCAAAGCGUCUGAAGAAAGAUUUGCCCAAAAUCCUCAAGUCCAUCAAAGGAGAAGAUUGUGUUUUAAUCGUAGGUACGACAAAUGAUCCACACAGUGCAGACCUGAAAUCCUUGUGCAAAUUCUACAAUAAGAUCAUCCUCAUACCUCGACCGGACUAUGCAUCAAGAUAUGUAAUGUGGAAAGAGCUGAUAAAAAAGAAUGGAGGAGAAUUGACCAGCGUCCUGGACCUCAGUUCUCUGGCAAAGAUUUCCGAUGGCUACACACAGGGUCACAUGGUGCAGGUGGUACGUAGCAUCUUGACUGAACGGCGCAUUCAGCAGUUGCCUAAACGUCCACUAACUGCUUCAGAGUUUGUACCUCCACUUGCUAGAAUUGACCCAGUGUUUCAGGAAGAAGAAGAGUCGCUAAAAAACUGGUAUGCCAAGACUCCCCUUGGAAAGAAGAGAAUUAAAGCUGCCUUAGGGAAAGAGGGUGAUGAAGAGUCCCCAAAAACAGGAGGCAAAGGUGGCAAGAAGAAAGGAAAAAAGUAACAAUAUAAGAGUUAACAUGAUCAACCACAGUAGGAGAUAACCUGCUUUGACCAAUAAAUGUAUUGAUUUGCUCAUGCCAUCAUUAUCUUAUGAUAAUAUGCAUAUUUUUGUUCAGUUGUUAAUUAAAAUCCAAAUUGAG